AUGAGCAAGUCCAUCAAGGCGAAGUGUCGAGUGCUCCACUCGAGGAAGACGACCAACCGGCCCGUCGGCCAGGCGGUCCUUGAGGACAGGCUAAGGUUCGACGCGGACAGCAAGACGAUCACCGCCGGCAGCAAGAGCAAGAUGAAGCUGUCCGAUCUCGAGGUCCCGCCUCAAGAAGCGAACGGAGAGGUGCAGCUAGUCUCGCGGAACAUGCGCAUCGUCACAGACUCCACGACCGACUCGCGAGAGCUUCUUGCGUCGGUGAAGGAGGCGUACCGACUUGAGAGCGGCGGUGGCGGCGGCGGCGGCGGCGGCGGCGGUCGCAAGCGGGGUGGUGGAAGCGGAGGAGGCGGCACGCCGAGAACGAAAGCCUUUAAGCCGUUGAACACGCUUAACCUGGUCUCACGCCCCCCCGCUCAAGCCUCCCGCGGCGGCAAGCGCGGGAAAAAAAUGGCGUCGGUAGCGGCUGCGGCCGGUGGUGCCGCUGGCGGUGAUGCUAAACGCCACCGAUCGGCUCUGGGCGGCAUGGGGGCGAUGUCUUCGGGUACGCUGUACAGGGGGGGAGGAGGGCUGGAGCGCCGGGGAUCGGGCAAUGAUCGUCGGGGCUACAGAGCCGGCUGCGACGACGAAGAGGGGCGGCGGCGGCGGCCGACAGGAGGGGUGGCAUCCACAGCAAGAGCGGCAGCAUCGAAAGCUGCUGGACGGGGAGGAGGAGGAGGGCAGCAGCUGACGAGGUACAUGACACACCGCGAGCCGUUGUCGCGCAGGGAGGGGUUCCGCAACAUGGGCAACACGUGCUACCUCAACGCCUGCCUGCAGGGAUUGCUGUCGCUGUCUGGCUUCGUGGGCGAUCUCCGCCGGAAGUGCUGGGUCCUCGCCAUGCUAAAGCCGCCGCCGCCAGCGGCCACCGGCGGCGUUGACGGCGACCGUGUUGAUGUCGCGGGAGGCGGCGACGGGGGCGGCGACGAUGCGAUCGAUAUCCGAGACUCUCCACACCCGCGAGCGGUGGCGGUGAACGACGACGAUGAGGACGGAGGCGAUACGCCUACGCCGCCGCCGCUACCGCCCAUCCUGUACGAAGCCCUGCUCCGGCUGUCCCUGGAAGCGAGGGGAUCCCACGGGCUGAUGGACGCGUCCCCGCUCAAGAGGGCCAUGGACAGGCACUCAGACCGUUUCGCCGGUAACCUCCAGCAAGACGCCCACGAGUUUCUCGGCGACCUCGUUAACGUCCUGCACGAAGAGACGCAACCCCGCCUGGACAUCGCCGCCGGGUACGUUGGAAAGCCUCUUGCUGCUGCUGCUGCUGUGAGCGGAGGUGGGGACAAAGGGAAGAAGGUGGAGGUGGCGGUGGGAGCGGAGCGAUCCGGCAGAACCCGAAAAACAAGUAGCGGCGGCGGCGGCGGCGGCGAUGGGGGGUUUGGUAGUGGUGGUGGCGGUGGUAGUGACAUUGGUAGUGGCGAUAGCGGCGGUGGGGUGACGAUGGUCGAUCUCAGCUCCACCGACUCGGGAGACGAGGGGCGGGAGGAGCCCGACGUUUACGGCGGAGGUUGGGACGACGGCGAGGACUUCGCUGCUGCCGCUGAAGCUGCUGCAGCCGCCGCCUCCGCCACCGCCACCGCUAGCGGUAGUGCUGGAAGUGGCGGCGACGGUGGCGGCGGCGGCGGUGGCCGUAAUGGUAGUGGUGGUGGUGGUGGUGGUGGUGUUUUUGAGGUGUUCGACUUGGAUUCCGACGGCAGCUGUAGCGAUGACGAUCGCAACGGCACUACUGCUGCUGCUUCAUCGCCUCCUACGGCGCCAAAGCUGUCGACGACGACGACAACGGCCAGGGGGGAGACACGAACGGAGGGUGGGGAUGAGGACGGCGAGGGGCCGGAGGGGGGUAGAGAAGACGAAGAGGCGCUACGACAGAAGGAGCGGCUCAUGCCGACCACGAGACACUUCCACGCCGAGGUCGAGGCCACCCUCACGUGCACGAAGUGCUCCUACUCCAGGCGACGGCGAGAGCUGUACCGCGACUUCUCCCUCGACGUCCCAGAGCCGGCGAGGCGGAAGCAGCAGCAGCAGCAGCAGCAGCAGCAGGAGAGGGGAGGGGGAGGAGGUAGGACCGGCGGCGGCGGUGACGGUGGCGUUUCCGGGCUGGGGGACCUUUUGGACAGUUUUUUCCAGCCUUCGGAGCUUAGCCUCCGGUGCGAGCGGUGCGGCCACGACCGAGUCCGAGCGGAGCACUCCCUCGCCGAGCUGCCGGGAGCGUUGGUCCUGCACGUCAAGCGCUUCAAGCCCGCGGCGUCGGCACCACCACCACCGCCGCCGCCGCCGCCCAAGGCCAAGGUGGUUGAAUCGGCGUCCGAAGCCACCUCGCCGGUUGCGGGGUCGGCAAAAUCGCCGCUGUUGCCGCCGCCGCCACCGGUGGGACGGUCAUCAAUCGCGCCAGCGGGAGCUUCCGCGACCGCCGGCGUUCCGUCCCCGGAAGAUGACGCCGGUUGCGCGGCUGCGGUGGACGCCGGCGGGUCGUCCGAAGGCGUCGUCGCUAGUACUCCUCCCGUUGCCGUCGUGGGGGGAGGGAGCACGGGGGCUAGCAGUCGGAGCGGGAGCAGCGGAAGCGGCGUCACCAGCGGCGGCGGCGGCGGCGGCGGUGGCGGUGGCCGGUCCUAUGGCGGCGUGUCGUACGUCAAGCUGUCGUCGCCGGUUUCCGUCCCUCUGGAGCUGGACCUCGAGCGGUUCUGCUCGGGGUACACGGGAAACGCCCCCGCAGAGGACCUCGGCAAGCAGGUGGACUCCCUCGAUGGGCUAGGCAUCCUCCCCCGCGCCCCCCGUUCCCCCUCGGCGUUCGCCAGCCUCCGCGCCGCGGGGACCGGCCUCUGUGCCGCCAUCCGAGCGGCACCGAAAUCCGCCGCCGCUGCUUCGUCAGGCGGCGGCGGCGGUGGGGAGAAGCGGGCCUCUGAUGACGUUUCGGUUGACCUGUUCGCGCGAGAAGGCUGGUCAUCGACGUCGUCGUUGACAUCGUCGGGCCGAGACGGUGUCGGGGAAGGUGGUGGCGGCGGAAGCGCCGCCCCGGGGGUGAACAGGCGGGCCCUGGGGCCGCUGGGGGAAACGACGAACAGCAGCACCGGCGGCGGCGGCAUCGGCGACAGGAGGAGGGGCAUCCGGGAGACGGUGGCCGAGAGGAGGGAAAGGGUGGCAAAGGAGAAGGAGAACAGCAGCGCCGCUGCCGGCGGUGGGGACCGCUGGGCGGACCAGGACGAGACGACGAGCCGCAAUCGCAGCCACAAGCUCCACAACAACGUCUGUCUCGGGCCUGACGGGAAGGUCGACUACCUCGACACCCUGAGGUCGCUCAACAAGCCCAACAGCGCCGGUGGCCUUCGUGAUCGCCGGCGGUCACCCCUCCCGGGUGUGGGGCUUUCCCCGCUCGGCGGAACGGGGAGGGGAUCGGGGAGGCUGUUUAGCGGCGGCGACGGGGGCGGGCGCCGCUCGGACCUCGGUCGGAGCGACCUCCGGAUGGCCGACCAUGCAAGCGCGGGGUUGUUGGCGCAGAGGGCGUUCAAGAGGAAGAGAAGGCAGGAGAUCGACGACGACAACGAGAAGCAGUUGGAGGAGGCCCUCGCGGCGUCGAAGAGGGAGGCGUUCGGCCCGGAAGGCGAGGCUCAAGAGGACGAAGCGGCAGACCUCGCGAAGGCCAUUUGUUUGAGCCAGGAGGGCGGCGGCGGUGGCGGCGGCGGUGGCUGUAGCGACGAGUGGGCGUGCGCGGCGUGCACGUUCAUCAACGAGGCUUCCAUGGUCGCGUGCGUCAUGUGCGGAACGCCUAUGUCAGAGCCUCCGCCGCCGCCACCUCCGGGCACCCCUCCUGCGGAGACCGAGAUGAGCAGCCUCGCUGGCGACGGCGGCGGCGGUAGCGCCGACGGAAAGAGCGGGGAGAGUAGUGGAGCACAACGGAGAGGGUCCGGGGCAAGAGGAGGGGGCGAGGAAGAAGCGGUCGUGGCCCUGGGCGAUGUCCGGCAGUGGACGGCGGAAGACGCUUCGCCGCAACCGCAGCCGCCGCCGCCGCUCGGAAGAGGCGAUGACGCCAAGAAGAAGCAACAAGAGAGCCCGCCGCAGCCACCACCGGAGCAACCUCAGGCCCUGAGGGUCCCCAGGAAGGGCCCCCUCCGCGCCCGGUACGAGCUCCGCGGCAUCCUACAUCACCUCGGGCGGCACGCCUUCGCCGGGCACUACGUCACCGAUGUCCGCGAGGAAGGGGGUGGCGGCGGCAGGGGCGGCGGCGGCAGCGGAGGCGGCGGCAGUGGCGGCGGUGGUGAUGGUGGGAUCGUUGGGGCCGCCGGAAGUUGGGGCGGAAAGGCGGGGCGCGAGGGCGGAGGGAGGGGUUGGAAGCGGUACGACGACAGCGUGGUUUCUCCGUUGACGGAGGCGGAGGCCCUCGGCGGGGAGGCGCAGCGGACGUGCUACCUCUGCUUCUACUCUCUAGUGGAGGACGCCGGAGUAGACGAUGAUGUCUGCGAGGGCCUCUCCCCCUGUGUCCCUUGUCGAGUAGACGAUGACGUUUGCGAGGGCCUCUCCCCCUGUGUCCCUUGUCGAGUAGACGAUUUCCUGGCAACGGUCCCCCCCUCGUCGUCGGACGCGGUGUCUCCGAGCCAUGGUCGUCGAACUUGACCCUCCAGCUCGGUUGGUGUCCUGCUCUCCGUCGAACCGGGUCGCUCUUGGUUGGAUGCGUGUGUGUCGUUUCACCUUCUUGGGGGCGGAACUGAGCGGUAUCAUACAGUUGCUUUUUUGUCCCGCGGUUGUUGACGGCAGGGGGGGGGGGGGGGGGGGCAGAGUACCAUUCACGGACACAACCCCCCGGGAUGGAGCAGUUGGCAAGAAACUUGCAACAACGGGGCGCACGCUCGUAAACUACACAGGGAACGCAGGACGAAGAUAUGCCGUGGUUAUGCGCGACUGCUUGAUGCAAAAAUCGAGUCCAAAUUAUUGGUCCAGAGUAUGGCACACACGGCAGAUGAACCUAAAAAACGAGUUUCGAGCUCUGGUUCUGUUUGAUUUUGGGAUAGAAAAUAUGCCCCGUUUCAUCGCGGUUUGGGGGGGUGGGGUACGUAGACCUUGCGGAACCCCCCUUGCGGGAUGCUGCUCGGUUCACGUUGUUGUAUGUGUAUCCAUCUGGGCAGAGUGACGGACGAAGAAAGGGCAAGCUCCACCCCGACCGGCUUGUGUGCCCAUGCCAUGUACAGUAUUUCGGAUGAAACACGACGGGCACCGGGAUCUCUUUGGUUUUUGAGUCCCCGCGGGUGUCGAAGACUAGUAAGUUGCUCCCGCCGGCUCGCGUUGUAUUCUUUAGUUGUUUCACAAGGAAGGGCGCUUGUAAAACCAAAGUCCUUGACGUCCUCGCAUUGUAUACUUACAGUGUUUUGGUCUUUGAAUUGUCCAGCACCACCACAACGCUAUUAGAGUCUUGAUCGUUUAUCCGCCGUGUGUUGUUGAUGGUGUGAGUGCAUGCUCGUGUGCGUGUGUCAUGGGUGUAGAGGAUGCGCG